CUCAGCUCACUUAAAUACUCCCCACCACCGCACCCCGCUUCCCUCCUCACCUCACCUCGCCUCGCCCACAACCAACUCCGCUCGCCAAUGCCCACCACCACCACUCCGGCCCCGCUCCUCGACGACAUGCCGGUGCCGUCGUCGGACGCCACCGCCAAUGGCGCGGCGAGGCGGCGGCGGCGGAGGCGGCUGCUGCUGCUGUGCGCCAACUACGCCGCGCUGCUCGGCGGCUCGGUGGCGUCCAGCCUGCUGUCCCGGUACUACUUCGCGCACGGCGGGCACAACCGGUGGGUUGCCACGCUGGUGCAGUCGGUCGGGUUCCCGGUCCUGCUGGUGCCCGUCUACGCCGGCCGGCCCGCCGCGCAGCCCCGGCCGUUCGCGUGGUUCACGCGGCGGCUGCUGGCGGCGUGCGUCGUCAUCGGCGUGCUCAUGGGGGUCAACAACCUCCUCUUCUCCUACAGCUCCUCGUACCUGCCCGUGUCCACCUCGUCGCUGCUGCUGUCCACGCAGCUGGCCUUCACGCUCGUGCUCGCCGCCGUCAUCGUGCGCCACCCGCUCACCUUCUCCAACCUCAAUGCCGUCGUGCUCCUCACGCUUAGCUCCGUGCUGCUCGCGCUCCGGUCGUCGGACUCCGGCGAGCACCCCGACGGCGGGAGCAGGGCGAGGUACUUCGUCGGCUUCGCGGUCACGCUCGGCGCUGCGGGGCUCUUCGCCGCCUACUUGCCGGUGAUGGAGCUGGUGUACCGCAGGGCCGUGUCUGGCGGGUUCCGCAUGGCGGUGGAGGUCCAGGUGAUCAUGCAGGCCGCGGCGACAGCGCUGGCGGUGGCCGGGCUGGCCGCGGCCGGCGGGUGGAGGGAGGAGCUGGCGCGCUGGGACCUGUCGCCGGCGGCGUACUGGGUAGUGUUGGCCGCGCUGGUGGUGACGUGGCAGGCCUGCUUCAUGGGCACGGCGGGUAUGGUGUACCUCACGUCGUCGCUGCACAGCGGCGUGUGCAUGACCGCCGUGCUGACGGCCAACGUGAUCGGCGGCGUGGUCGUGUUCCGCGACCCGUUCGGGUCGGAGAAGGCCGUGGCCACGGUGCUCUGCGUCUGGGGAUUCUCAUCCUACCUGUACGGUGAGUACAGGACGCAGCAGAAGGCGCAGGAAGGCGACGGCAAGGUGGCGGCGGCCGCAUCCAGCGGAGACGGAGGCGGCGUGCUCAAGAGCGAUGCAAGUGGUGGUGGUGUGGGAGGAGGCGGCGGCGGCGGUGCAGUCGUUGAAACCGUUUGAGCUCGAUCGCUGCCCUUUUUCAUUUCUAACUAGAGCACAUAGUAUAUGAAACAUGGAAAUGUGAAGGGAAGGAGAAUAUUGUGGGGGAGGAGGAUCAUGAAGGGCACAUCCACUUAUUAAUUGUGUCUGGCUAGUUGCACAAUGCAUGCAACAUGCACAAGAGACAAAUGCUGUGUACAUACCACAUAGUGUUGAACAGUCCAUGAGAGAGAGAGAGAGAAAGGUUGGUGGUGGUUGUGUACUUGUGUUGGUGCUUACUUGCUUGUAAGGUUUAAGGUUUAGUGUAACACUGUGGACAGAUGGUGGAUGGAUGGAGCAGUAGGUUAUAUAGAAAUGUUACAAGUACGUACUGCUCCUGUGAUGUAGCGUAAGUGCAUAAUAGAUCAGUGAUCAACCUAAUGAAUUGAACAGUUACUUUCU